GGCAAAGCAAAGAGAAAGAGAAGGGAAGUGUGGUGGUGCCGGCCAGCCGACAAUUACGGGAGGUUAUGUGGGUCCCUCCACUUUUAUAUACACACAUAGUCAUUUGUUGUGUUUGUUCCCUUUUCAUCAACGUUUUUUGAGUUUGAGUUUUAGUUGGUACUUUGCUUUCGUUGCAUGAUGGCGUCUUCUUCUUCUUCGGCCUCUCGCGAGGGGCACUACAGGGGCGUCAGGAAGCGACCCUGGGGACGCUACGCCGCCGAAAUACGUGACCCCUGGAAGAAGACACGUGUCUGGUUGGGCACAUUCGAUACACCCGAGGAGGCCGCCCUAGCCUACGACGGCGCCGCCCGCUCUCUCCGUGGCGCCAAGGCCAAGACCAACUUCCCCCCGGCGCCCGCCCUCUGCCUCGACCUCAACGCCCCUUCUUCCGAUCACCGCUGGCCCAACGUCCCCUCCCGCACCCUCGUCCUCACCGAGUUCCUCCACACCGCCGUUCUCAAAGACAUCGAACCGCCGCAACCUCUUCCUCCUGCCACCGCCGCUCUCCGUCGCCCUGACGGCGCUGUUCCUCUCAGUGGCGGAGUUCAGGUCGUGGAAAGCUCCCAGACGGCGUCGUUUUUGGGACUUGUCCGGCGCGGGAUCCCCAUCGACUUGAACGAGCCUCCACCGCUUUGGCUAUGAGUAGACAAGCGAGGAGGGAUUGCGAACCGUUGAUGCGGUUGGGACCACCUGGGAAAGAGAAAGGACGAGCGUGAGAAGAGACGCGCGCGUGAGAGUGCUUGCUGUGUGGGGAGCGGGAACUGCGAAGCGAGCGUGUGGGUAUCAGCAUGAUGGCAUUCCUUUUCUAGUCAGACCUCUGCUUCUUAUCAUUUUUGCAGCGUAUAUUUUCCACAACCCUUAGACCCAUUCGCCAUCCAUAGCGCGUACCAUUUAUACACCUUCAUAUUCCUUUUUACUUAUUCUAUAUACUUUCCUGUACUUCUAUUUGCACAUGAAACUACUGUCAACAAAUUUAAAAACAACUACCUUAUUUUCUUUAAA